UCUGUGCUUUCGUUGAUCCCCUGGUGUCCCAGCUCCUCGUCUGUUGCAGCCCCACCACCAGACCCAGCCAUGCAGGGCGCCUGGGUGCUGCUGCUGCUGGGCUUCAGGCUACAACUGUCCCUUAGCGUCAUUCCAGUGGAGGAGGAGAACCCAGCAUUCUGGAACCAGAAGGCAGCCGAUGCCCUGAAUGUUGCCAAGAAGCUGCAGCCCAUUCAGACGUCAGCCAAGAACCUCAUCAUCUUCCUGGGUGAUGGGAUGGGGGUGCCCACAGUGACAGCUACUCGGAUCCUAAAGGGACAGUUGGAAGGUAAUCUAGGACCUGAGACACCUCUAGCCAUGGACCACUUCCCAUAUAUGGCUCUGUCCAAGACAUACAGUGUGGACAGACAGGUCCCAGACAGUGCAAGCACAGCCACCGCCUACCUAUGUGGGGUCAAGACGAACUACAAGACCAUUGGUGUGAGCGCGGCAGCACGAUUUGACCAGUGCAACACCACAUUUGGCAACGAGGUCCUCUCUGUGAUGUAUCGUGCCAAAAAAGCAGGAAAAUCCGUAGGCGUGGUGACCACCACCAGGGUGCAGCACGCAUCUCCAGCAGGCACCUAUGUUCACACUGUGAACCGCAAUUGGUACGGGGAUGCGGAUAUGCCUGCCUCUGCACUGCAGGAGGGCUGCAAGGACAUUGCUACACAACUCGUCUCCAACAUGGACAUUAACGUGAUCCUUGGUGGGGGCCGAAAAUACAUGUUUCCUGCAGGAACCCCAGACCCUGAGUAUCCGAAUGAUGUUAAUGAGACUGGAACCAGACUGGACGGCAAGAACCUGGUGCAGGAAUGGCUGUCAAAGCACCAGGGUUCCCAGUAUGUUUGGAAUCGCCAAGAGCUCAUUCAGAAGUCCCUGGAUCCAUCAGUGACGUAUCUCAUGGGCCUCUUUGAGCCUGUAGACACAAAAUUCGAGAUUCAACGAGACCCCCUGAUGGACCCAUCUCUGAAGGAUAUGACAGAGGCAGCCCUGCAUGUGCUAAGCAGGAACCCCAAAGGCUUCUAUCUAUUUGUGGAGGGGGGCCGGAUCGACCGCGGUCACCAUCUGGGCACAGCUUAUCUGGCGCUGACUGAAGCUGUGAUGUUCGACUCAGCCAUCGAGAGGGCCAGCCAGCUCACUAGUGAGCAGGACACUCUGACCAUAGUCACUGCUGACCACUCCCAUGUCUUCUCCUUUGGUGGCUACACACUUCGAGGGACCUCCAUCUUUGGGCUGGCUCCCCUCAAUGCUCUGGAUGGCAAGCCCUACACCUCCAUCCUGUAUGGCAAUGGCCCAGGCUAUGUCGGUACAGGGGAAAGACCCAACGUCACCGAUGCUGAAAGCCAUGACCCAUCGUACCAGCAGCAGGCUGCUGUGCCGGUGAAGUCGGAGACCCACGGUGGGGAGGACGUGGCUAUAUUCGCACGUGGCCCGCAGGCGCACUUGCUACACGGAGUGCAGGAACAGAACUACAUCGCGCACGUCAUGGCCUUCGCAGGCUGCCUGGAGCCCUACACCGACUGUGGCCUGGCGCCCCCUGCAGACGAGAACAGACCAACCACCCCGGUCCAGAACAGCACCACUACCACCACCACCACCACCACCACCACUACCACCCGGGUCCAGAACAGCGCCAGUAGCCUGGGUCCAGCCACCGGCCCACUGGCCCUGGCACUACUGGCCAAGGCGCUGAUGCUACUACUGGGGGCUCCUGCUGAUUUCUAAACUCCAACUCAGCCAGGGUCCACCCACCAGGUGUCUGCUCUCUCACCAGGUCCUUCUGCUCCCUGACCUCCCACUAAUGUCUCCUCAUGGUCCCCUCCCCAACUGCGCCCUUACCCAGUGCUCCCUGCAUGCUGGCUGUGGGCUCUACCCCAGGAUCCUCUCGCUUUCUUCUAGUGGCCUCAACGCUUAGCCCUACUUAGGGUUGCAGCUUCUAGGCCCCUGCCCAGGCAUUCACAAGGGGGUGAUCACCUCUGAGGUAGCAGCCAGCCUCAGAUCCCACAGAGCUAGCUCCUUCCCAGACAGCAUGACCACCACAGCUCUGAGGCUCGGACCUCACGGGACAGUCCCAACUCUCCUUUUGCCUUCAUCCACCAGCCCCUAGCAACACAGGAUCCCAGCAAUAAUUUGUGAAGGAGUAAACAUGCAUCUACCCAUUGAUCCUCUCUUCAGGCUUGGAUCCAUCCCUGCAGGCUCUGGACCCAGGACUAAGACAUAAGGAAGAGGCUAGCUUCUCAUCACUCCUCAGUCUAGUCUGAUGGCAGGCAGCAAGGUUGCUGUGCUGGUUUCCCCUAGCCAGCCUUUGACACAGUCCUUCCUCACCGUCACUGGGCCAGGUCCACACUCAGAACCCUUCAUGGGCACAGCCACACCAAUCCAUAGAGCGGAAGCUUCUGGAGUCCUUCAGCCCUUCCACGUCUUUCACUCAGCUAGGAAAUGCAAGGAGCUGUAUCCCCCGCCACCACUCCCAGGUCAUCUCAGGCUGCACCUAAAUUUCUGAAAGCCCCUCACUUCCUAGGUCUACAUUCCCCUGGGAGAGACAGACCAAUAAUAAAGUAUUGUGCAAUACGA